AUUAUGAUCAGUUCAUAUGGCCCAUAUAGGUAGUUUAUAGACUUGUAGCCCAUUAGAACCCCCCAAAAACUUUAAUUUGGAGGAGUGUAUGAAGUCCACCAUUUCAUGUGAAAGAAUUUAAACACACUUCAAUCUCCUUGUCAUCUCUUCUUCCCUUUCUACACUCUUGAUGGCCGGCCAAAGUUUCAAUUUACACCAGAUCUCCAUAAUCUGAUUCUCAACGAUCAGUCUUCUUCCUUCUAGAUUACUUCAAUUUCCCAACUUUAUCUGAUUAUAAAUUCCCAAUGGACUAACCAUCAAUAAUCCAACUGUUUCCAAUCUCUCCAUUCAAUUUGGGAAAAUUGGCCGAUCUCAUUUUCUCAAUCUUCAUUAAAGACUGAGUCUUUUAUAUUCCCAGGUACAAUCUUGAAUUUUUUUUAACCCAAAUGGUCUGUUUACAUACCUCAAUUCCUCCAACAGACCCAAAAUUAAAAUCCAAGAAUUCAACUGGCCCCUUUUCAAAAUUGAGGCAAAUCAAUCAGAUGGACAAGAAAAAGAACAUGCCGCCAAGUGAUUGUGAACAGUCUCACUCUGCUAUCAUUGAUGUAGUGAUUUUGAUUGCCGUGGUUGGUGCUUCUGGGGUUUUGUUGUAUCCUUACAUAAAUUUUCUGGUGCAUUUACUGUUUGAAUUUUUCGAAGAAGUUUCUGAUGUGGUGAAAGAUGAAUUUUUGCGGGCUCCGAUUGUGUUUAUCUGUCUAGGACUUAGCAUUUUGUUUGCUGUGAUUGCUCUUUUGGCAGUGACAGUGUGUACAGCAGGCAAAGGAUGUGGGAGAACAGGUUGUCUUCGGCUUAAGAAAGCUGCUGAAUUCGAUAUACAGUUAGAGACAGAAGACAGUCUUAAGAAGUCAAAUUCCACUCCAAAAAAUGGAGGAGUUAAAAAGGGGAUAUUCAAGUUACCUAGAGAUUACCAUCAAGAAUUGGAAGGUGAACUUAAAAGAAUGGCUCCACAUAAUGGAAGAGCUAUUCUUGUAUAUCGAGGCAGGUGUGGUUGCUCUAUAGGCACAAUGGAAGUUCCUGGACCAAGGAAGACAGGAAAGUUUAAGAAAUAAUUAUAGGAAGCAUAUUUUGGAUGCUGUAAUAAUCAGAUGAUGCCUUUUGUGGGUAAUCUUCUCUGAAAAGUACUAGACCCUUUUAUAAGCUUAUAUAUACGAGUAUAAAUGAUUACAAAGAACACGGGCCCUUAUCGUAAUGUAGCAGGGGAAUCUACCAUUUCCGCUACCAUAGUAGUGUAUUCCAUCACUCCCCCUCCCUGUAAAUUAGUUAAUUACUAUUUGGGCCAUAGAAGAUGUUUUUUGUGCAAUAGCUACAUUAACUCAUUUUAACCUUGAUGAUUGAGAAUCGUAUCUAUGGCUAUUGCUGUUUAUCGGUA